AUGCGGUCCACCGUCCGAUCAUCCUUCUCUCUCAUCGCAUUCUUCGGCAUACUCCUGCUUCUCCAUCCUGCCCUCGCCUCUGAUUACGAUCAUAAGUAUCAACAGAAUGACCCUGUUACCCUCUGGGUAAAUAAAGUAGGGCCAUACAAUAAUCCACAAGAAACAUAUAAUUAUUACAGUCUUCCAUUUUGUCAUCCGGAAGGUCAUGCUGCUCACAAAUGGGGCGGCCUCGGUGAGGUUCUGGGUGGAAAUGAGCUUAUUGAUAGCCUGAUUGACAUAAAAUUCCGAAAACCUGUGGAUAGGGCUACAAUUUGUGAGCUUGAACUUGAUGAAGCGAAGGUCAAACAAUUCAAGGAUGCUAUUGAAAAUAAUUAUUGGUUUGAAUUUUUCAUGGAUGAUCUGCCUUUAUGGGGUUUUGUUGGUGAGAUGCAUCCUGACAGGAACGGUGACAACAAGCAUGUGCUUUACACGCAUAAGAUUAUAAAUGUCCAAUACAACAAAAAUCAGAUCAUUCAUGUAAAUCUCACUCAAGAGAACCCAAAAGCAUUAGAAGUUGGGAAAAAACUGGACAUGACAUAUUCUGUGAAAUGGACUCCAACAAGUGUCUCUUUUGCACGUCGCUUUGAUGUGUAUCUGGAUUAUCCAUUUUUUGAGCAUCAGAUCCAUUGGUUCUCCAUAUUCAAUUCCUUCAUGAUGGUUAUCUUUCUUACUGGUCUCGUAUCAAUGAUAUUGAUGCGGACUCUGCGAAAUGAUUAUGCUAAAUAUGCUCGUGAGGAUGAUGAUCUAGAAACCCUGGAAAGGGAUGUUAAUGAAGAGUCUGGUUGGAAACUUGUUCAUGGGGAUGUGUUUCGGCCUCCGCACAAUUUAGCUUUACUCUCUGCUCUUGUUGGCACUGGCGCACAACUUGCGUUGUUAAUUCUCCUUGUCAUCUUAUUUGCAAUUGUGGGCAUGCUGUAUAUCGGGAGAGGAGCAAUUGUCACGACUUUCAUCAUAUGUUAUGCUUUCACAUCAUUCAUCUCAGGCUAUGUCAGUGGUGGAAUGUACUCUCGCCAUGGCGGUAAAAAUUGGAUUAAAUCAAUGAUCCUUACAGCUUCACUUUUCCCUUUUCUAUGCUUCAUGAUUGGUUUCAUUUUGAACACGAUCGCAAUAUUUUAUGGGUCUCUAGCAGCCAUUCCCUUUGGCACAAUGGUCGUCGUGUUUGUCAUCUGGGCCUUUAUCUCUUUCCCUCUGGCACUUCUUGGUACAGUAGUUGGAAGAAACUGGAGUGGUGCUCCAAACAAUCCAUGCCGCGUGAAGACGAUUCCCCGCCCAAUUCCCGAGAAGAAGUGGUAUCUAACUCCAUCUGUAGUCUCCUUGAUGGGAGGAUUGCUACCCUUUGGCAGCAUAUUCAUUGAGAUGUAUUUCGUAUUCACUUCCUUCUGGAAUUACAAGGUGUACUAUGUCUAUGGCUUUAUGCUUCUGGUUUUCCUGAUUCUUGUCAUUGUUACCAUCUGCGUCACAAUUGUGGGAACAUACUUCCUGCUAAAUGCUGAGAAUUAUCACUGGCAGUGGACUUCCUUCUUCUCGGCAUUCUCAACGGCCUUCUAUGUGUACUUGUACUCAAUAUAUUACUACUACGUAAAGACAAAGAUGUCAGGGUUCUUCCAGACUAGCUUCUACUUUGGAUAUACAUUGAUGUUUUGUCUUGGUCUAGGAAUCCUCUGCGGUGCUGUUGGUUACUUGGGCUCUAAUUUGUUUGUAAGGAGGAUUUACCGAAACAUCAAAUGUGACUAG